GGGUCUAAAACUGCAUCACAGCUGAUCCGGAGGUUUUCCCCCCCUUAAGUUGUUUUUUUGCAGAGAGGAGCUUUGCAGAGAUUCACAGAGGGAUCUCUCUCUUGUUUUCUUUCGCUGUCUUGUUAUUUUUAACCUUUAAAACAAGAUCCAGAUUUUUUUUAAACCCUGUAUCGGAUUUUUAACCCUAACGCAAUCUCACUAUGCCACAUCUUUUCGCAAUAAACUGCUUUUAUGGCAUAUUUUCACCUGAAUAUCCUCGUCUUUUUGUCAGUCACGGUGAAUUUGGCUCAGGUCUGACCCAUUUUUAGUGCUUUUUGCCCUUUUGCAGCCUCCUAUGUGUUAGUACGAGGCGUCAGUGGAGAUGUUUUCGGCAGGAGAUGAGCUGAAUUCCCGUUUGUUUACCUCACUGAAGGAGUCCCAUGGAGCUGCAAUCUCUCCAACACUGGAGCUCAGUUUAACAACCAUCUAUACCGUCCUCUACUCCUUCCUGUUUGUUUUCGUCUACCUGCAGCUCUGGCUCAUUUUGCACUACGGACACAAGCGCUUCAGCUACCAGAGUGUGUUUUUGUUUCUGUGUCUGCUGUGGGCAGCACUGAGGACGACCCUCUUCUCUUUCUACUUUAAAAAUGUGGUGCAGGCCAACCAACUGCAGCCCCUGGCCUACUGGCUGCUCUACUGCUGCCCUGUUUGCCUGCAAUUCUUCACACUAUGCCUGCUGAACCUUUACUUCACACAGGUAAGACUGCACUGUCUUUGUGAGUGUCUGGGAGAGAGAGAGAGUGUGUGUGUGUGUGGUGUGUGUUUUCUGUGACCUGGUUUCACAGCACUGCUGACACUGCAAUUUUGCUUGCAUUGUUUCACUUGAAUUUACAUUUAACCCCAAAUAUUGCUGUUAAUCUAUUCUACAGUGUUAUAUUGACCCUCCUGGGUGACUGCUGCUCACGCCAUGUCCUGAAUUUCCUAUGCAUACAUCGUCCAAUGCCCUUUGAUCGAAAGCUCUGCAGGGAUGAUAACCCAAUUUUAAUGAAAGUGCACUCAUUGACCACACAAAGAUUUUAUUGCAGUGAGAUUACAGCAACCAAAAACUCAGAUAAACCACGAGUAGGCCUAAUUCAGCAACGACAGCCCUUACUGUAAUGGUGCCAGUCUUGGGCAUACGCUAAUCAGACAAAAUGAUAGACAUUUGGUUGUUUGACAGAGGGGUUUUAAAACUUGAAAAUGUAGCUUUAUAGGUUUAAACAUUACAUUACAUUGGGGUUGAUUAUCUUGGAUCAGAUUGUUUAGUCCUCCUCUUGCGAGGGACAACAAAUCCCACAGGAAAAAUCAGAUUAAUUUGCAUCCAGGAGUCCAUCAUUUUUCACCCUGUUGGGUCUUACCCAAUUAAAUACUCUUUGUCAAAGCAGUGUGGUUAUCUGGAAAUAACACAUCAUUGUAAAGUAAUAGCUCCACAUUGAGCUCAGCUGUAAACAGAGUGAAGAUGUGAUGCAGCUACCAGGAAGUUGCACCUGGCUAAGAAACUGUAACCUCCCAUGACCUCCUUUAACCCUGCAGCUUUAUGUUUUUACAGUCUGGUGUUUAUGUGAAAAGACUGAGAGAUGAAAUGCACUUUAGAAAUGCACCCAGCUCAUAAACCAGAUUCCUUGUUGAGGCCCACGCUGAAUCAAGUCAAAGCAUUUUAUUUACAUGUGAAUAAGACUGAAGCAAAUGUCCCUGUCAGCAGCAUGUUCUCAUCAACUGUGUGUCCACAGUGGGUAUAGAAGAAAGAGAGGGACACAGCUGGUCAGUCGCAGUUGUUUAGCACCUGCCCACUCCAAAUGUCAAAGACCUGUUUGUUCAGCCCCAGAAAGAAAAAAAAAACACACACACCUACACACUCUCAGCUGGUCGCACCACACCAGUUCAGUCAGAAGUGCUUCAAAGCAGAAAAACAGAGUAUAUCAAUCACAUGCAGGAGCGUAAGGAGAAAGGAAGCUCGUCCAACAGGCUGAGUGGAGAUUGGGUUAUAAAUCCAGCAGUGUCAUAUGACUGCUAAAUAAACAUUUACCUCCAUUAGCUGGUCUGUGACCAGCCAAAGCACACAAACUUUACCACUGAAAUGUAAUCGGCUGUAAACAAGCAACAAAUCUGCCUUCACAUCUUUUACGGCUUUUAUUUCCAACAUGGUCAUGAGAGGGUUAAAAUGUGUAUUUCUGUGUACAUGUAUGUAUGGAAAACCAUGUGACUGACCAGCUCAGUGAAUGAAAUUUUCCUGCUUAUGGUUUUAUGUCUCGCCGGGUCAGACCUGAGUCAGAGAUAAGAUGUAUAUUUUCAGUCUGAGUCAUAAUUAGAUACAGAUUUUUACCUUAACACUAAAUAGACAUGAAUAAUUCCAAAAAUGUCAGAUAUUUCUUUCAAAGUUUAAAUUCCUUUAAAAUUAAUGCAGCUGAAUUUUUUAAAUCACAUAUUUCUUGUAAUUGUUGUAUCCCAAUCUGUGUACUGUACAAAAGGCGGGCAACACGACAUCUCGUUAUAAGUGAGGCCAAAACAUUUAGCGCUAACCCUUUUGAUUUGCUGCAUUAAAAGCGUAAAGUUGUUAACAUGACUUGUACAUUUUUAAAAGCGUUUUCUGUCAUGAUAGUGAAGUCUUUGUAUGCUCAUUUAUGGCUAACAGUUCUCUUUGCUAGAAAUGUACUCUAAUUAGCUAUUUUGUGCUAUAAAUUGGGUUAGCCAUCACCAAACAAUGACCAAAGUAAACGUUUAAAAGUUAUGUUAUUGCAGGCUUGUGUUGUUCAUCACAUGUUGCACAUUUCGUCUGUAGAAACUAAACUGCAGUGAUUUUUUGAUUACUUUAAGUACAGACUGUGUCAUUUCAUAUCUUCACUGCUCAGAAUGAUAAAUAAUUAGUUUCCACAUUAGUGCCUGACUGCUGAACAUCCAGUUUCAGGUUGAACUCGCUGAUAGUCAUAACAGUAUGUGCAGAAAGCUGAUAAAACAUCACGCCACCAUAACACAGCCUCCCACCUGACACGCGUGUGUGGAAAUACUUGAGUGUAGUGUUUUUUUCUGAUGAGUAAGGCCUGUGUCAUGAUGACCCGUGAUUUACUUCUCUUUUAUUACUUAGUGGCGCCUUUAGCUCUUGGAAAUAACUCAACAAAAACUGAGAUCUUUUUUUGCUGAACUAAGAAAGCUGCUUUGAUAUCUUUGAGGGAACAUAUGGAGUAAAUACUCAAGUGUGUUAUCUGUCAGUGUUGUGUAGGCUCGUUGCAUCACUUCUAGGUUACAGAUUACCUCCUCCUGGCCUACAUUCCUGCACAAAAGGCUGAGUGUAUGUCAGAUGGAGCUGUGUGUAUUUAAAAACUCAGUGUUGACAAUGUUGAGCAAUUCUCAAGACCUUCGUCACCACGACAGCUCUUGUUUAAUAUUAAAAAAGCUGAAUCAUCAUUAUUCAUCAGGCUCUGACAGAACAGGGACCUUGAUAGACAUCUACCAGCCCGCAUGUUUGCACAUCUACAUAUUUGAAAAACAAAACAUCAUUCAGGACGGUACAUGAACCAGAGCAUGAGGCUGGUGUCCCAGAUUUUGUGUGCUUAAAUAACACUUUUGUACAGUAUGAUGUUUUUUAAGGUCGGCACUCUCGCCUGGGAACAUUUCAGCAGGUAGCUAGCUUCCAAACAGAUGCAGAUGUUGGUUAAACAGAAAAAUUACAUCGAGUUUUAGUUCAAAGAGCAUUAAAACAAAAAGCCUGUUCGUGCUUCUUUCACUGAAGUCAAACCUUCUUGGAUGUUUGCGAAAUUAAACGCUCGCUCUGAAGCUCGACACAAGUUUAGCUGUAUAGUAACUCGUUUAGGAUCAUGGUCAAGUCAUUGAAUUUUCUGGUUCUCUUAACCGUUAAAUGAGAUUAAUCCGUCUGGUAUGUAAUUCACAGGCGUAGCCGAGACUGUUUUACAUAGUUAGCCUUUCACCAAUCAAAUCAACCAAUCAGAUUGGCCUAAUGAAGACCAAAUCAGGUUUAGUGUGAUGUCUUUGCAGGUGAUUAUGUCAACAAGGACUUCUUGUCAGAUCUCUGUUUUAGUGGUGACGUCACGCCGCAUUCAACAAAUAAUACAGCACCAAAAGCUACUCUGUUUGCUAGUCCUGAAUGUCCAAAGAGAAGUCAAAUGGUUUGCAGCAGAUUUGUGCCAAAUGUCCUCAGAAUUGGGUAGUGACCAUGGAUAACAUCAAACUGUAAACAAGUCUGGUGUCAGUGCUCAAAAUCUGGGACACUAGCCUCAACUGAUUUGGUUCACUCACCUCCUGGACUGACUUUGUUUUUCAAAGAUGUUAGGUAAAAGCUCAAAUCAUGCCAACACGCAGACCUAUUUGUGACUUACAUACAAGCCGUAUGCAUUAAUUAUCCUCGCUUUAAUAGAUGUAAAGCUUAAUAAAAACCGAACCCAUACUCAUGGACUUUGUUUGUACCUCAGGUUGACUUCACUGAGUGUGUAAAAUCCUUUAAUUGCUUAUUAUAAAUUCCUAAUAAGCUCAUAAGCUCAUUGUAGCCUUCACAGUUAGUUCAAUUAUAUGCAUGAAAGCUCUGCACUGUUGUUUUUAUUGCAUUGUCUAAAUCUGCUUGAUGCAUCUUAAAUGUGUGUGUGUGCUCUGAACUCACCGCAGUCUCUUUACACUCUUCUGUUUAUCUAAAAAAGUCAAAUAGUUAAUGUUAUGUAAUGGAAUUGCUAACAAAGCAUACAAUAUUUUUAUAAACGUGAAAAACUAAUGAUGUUUUUGUGCUUUUUUUUAGGUUAUGUUUAAGGCUAAAGCGAAGUAUUCCCCAGAGCUCACCAAAUACAAGUAAGUUCCUCCUUUUACUUUGUUUUUUAUGCUGUUGUUCAUGUAAAAAUAAGAGAUAUUUGUCUAUUUUCUGACUCCCUUCAUAUGUUUAUGUUCCUCUUACUUUAUUACCCUCCAGGGUCCCUCUGCGUCUCUUCUUUCUGUGUCUCAGUGUAUUUUUCCUUGUGGUGAACCUCACAUGUGCAUUGCUGGUCCAAGGAGCUCUGGAGCGCUCUGAAUCACCAAGGUAAACAAAAAGCACCAUUAACAGAUCAUUUACCCCUCCCAUGUAUCCCUGCCUCUUGCUUUUAAAUUGCCUGUGUGCUGGAGUGUCCUGAGUUAAUCACCUUUAUGUCUCCAGUGAUGGCGGUGUCAGACACGCAGUCCUGGCUCGGGUCUUGAUCAACGACAGUCUCUUUGUCCUGUGUGCCGUCUCCUUGGCUGUCUGUGUCUUCAAGAUUGCCAAGAUGUCCUCGGCUAAUGUUUACCUGGAAUCAAAGGUAGGAUUCAGGCCAAAAAAAAAAAAAGCUGCUGGGAUAAAAAGAAGAAUGAUAUUUAGCAUGUGUGAAAUUCUGACUACAAGAAAAGCACAAAACACUCAUUUUUAGCUGUUAAAAGACUUGGCAUAAACUUCCUACUUCAGAAAAUGACGUGAAAAUGACGUGGCCAUCAGUGGGGGAAAAUGUGAUCCAUGAAUUGUCCAAAUUAAAAGACAGUUUUUGAUUUAAUUUGACCUGCUUUCGCUCAAAACUGUCCCAUCGACCUUUCUAAAAUGCAGUGCAAACUCUCACACUAGUCUGUCAGGUAAAUGCACAAAAAAACUUGGAAAUGGUCCUUUAAUCUCUCAGCUACUGUGGCUGCUUUUCCUCCCCCUUGCACGUGUUCACAUCUCACAACAAUAGAGCUCUGCAUGUGCACCGGUGCUGAUCAUUUUUCAACUACACACAGCGCUACUUGCAACUACGGUGACUCAUGGUUUUUAGAAAGUGCAGACAUGAACAGAAUGUUAAAUUUAUGUCCCUUAAUAAUUGAUUUUAAGCUUAAAGUCUGUCAUUUCGGUGCAGGAGAGGCUUCAGUGGAUCACAUCUGCUGGCCAGUAUCCUACAUUCAAUUACAGGCUGAUACAUGAGCAUGAGCUUGUAAUAAGCACAGUCACUCUCCCCUCCAGGGUACAUCAGUGUGCCAAGCGACGGCUAUCGGAGCCGUGGUGAUUCUGCUCUACACAUCCAGAGCCUGUUACAACCUGGUGGUGGUGGCCAUGUCACCGCAGGACCGACCCAGUCCCUUCAACUAUGGCUGGUACAGCGUAUCAGAUCAGGUACCACACCUAGUGUCUCAUACUGUCAGUUGAAAAUGAGCUUUUAUCUAGAGUGCCCAGAGUGUCUGUCUGUCUGUGUGGGUGUGUGUGUUUGUGAGGACAAUCCAUUUUAGGAGAUUUGGGGAAGCGAUGCUCAGUGGGGUAAAGGGCUUUGUUUGGCUAUAAAUAACCAUGUGGGUGUGUGUCUGUGUGUCCUGACCUACAUCAGGGCUCAGGCCUUGGGAUGAAGAGCCCGUUUUUAGAGGGUGUGUUUGUGUGUAUUUGUCAGACAUGAUUCACAGCCACAGACAUCAACAUAAUCUGACAUCAGAAAUUAGUCUUUUAAUCUGUCUGUAUACCAGAUGUCAGAGCAGCAUUUCAAGAGUCUUCUGCCAUUUACCCCAACAUGAGUGUACUUAAGUGUGCAUUCACUUACAUUUAAAAGGGUCAUAUCAUUCAAGAAGAAAUAUUAGCUUAAAAGCAACACUGAUGAAAGAGGAGGAGCUGAUGUUUGUAGUCAAAGUUGACAUCUGAAGCAGCGAUCCAGAGGAGUCUACAGCAUGAUGGAGCUCAGGGACUCCAAGAAAAGACUGUACGAGUGACUCUAACGGGACAUGAUGAUUCAAAGUUAAAGGGAUAUUCUGGUGUAAAAUUAAUUUAGGGUCAAACACACCGUAACACCGAGUUAGACGCCCCCUCGAGAGAUAAAUGUUGCCGACUGCUUGCUUCUCUAGUUUUACCAACUUUAGUAACGAUCGCAGAUAGCAAUACACAGCAGUCUAAGGAGCCACGCACAAACCUCAACCAAGACGCCACUCUAUAGCCACAGAUUAAGCUCAGAACAGCACCUAACUUCAUCAACAGUACAUGUAGGGUCCCAGCCAUAGUACUAGCCACCAAACAUCUUUUUAACUUUGUCUACUUCCUUUCACAGAGACUAAACAUUACUCACCUACUCUCUUCCAGCAGCUGCUUGUUUGUAGCGAGACCUCAGGCCAGUCCAUUACUGCUGCGGGGUGACGCAGCUCAAGGAAGAACAUUUAUGAUAAUUUCUUCAUGGAAAUGCAAUCAGACCGAGAUGCUAAGGUAGAAGAAAUACCACGUCUGCAGUGCAAAAUGAUUAAUAUGGUGAUUUUUACUUCAAGGAAAUGAUAAAGAAAUGAUCAUGAAUGUUCUUCCUUGAGCUGCGUCACCCCGCUGUAGUCCUUAAUGGACUGGCCCGAGGUCUCGCUACAAACAAGCGGCUGCUGAAAGAGAGUAGGUGAGUUGUGUUUAGUCUCUUUGCUAAAAAAAUCAGGCAAAAUUAAAAAGAUGUUUGGUGACUAGAACUAUGGUUAGGACCCUACAUGUACUGUUGAUGAAGUUAGGUGCUGUUCUGAGCAUUAUUUGUGGCUAUAGAGUGGCGUUUUGGUUGAGGUUUGUUUAUGGCUCCUCAGACCGCUGUGUAUUGCUAUCCUGCAGUCGUUACUAAAGUUUAUAUAACUAGAGAAGCAAGCGGUGAGCAACAUUCAUCCCUCAAGGGGGUGUCUAACUCGGUGUUACAGUUUAUUUGACCCUAAAUUAAUUUCACACCAGAAUAUCCCUUUAAUGACACUGACAGAAAGAGGCAGUCUAAAACAGUUUAAGCCUCCUCUUUAAGGUAGAGAGGGUGUCUGCUUCCUGGGCCUCGCCUGGUAGAUCCAUGCACUGAACCCAUUCAUUGUUAGAUCCUUAUUAGCUUAACCGCCAGUGUCUGAUAGUGACUAAUCUUUAAGCCAUUCAUAGCUGGAUUCUGGAAAUACUUUGACCUUUUAGUAAACACACUUAUUUGCCUGCUGACUGAGAGUUGGUGGAAAAGAUUAUUUCAACUCUUAUGUAAGUCUUUGCAAGAAGAGUAAAUAAUCGAAUUUCACUCCAUUUCCAAAUGCACAUCAGUUCAGGACAAGAAGAGUCAAAAAAGGAAGUAAAGAGCUUGUGUAGGUUGGGAAAAGUAUCUGAAAUAUUAUUGUGUGUUACAGGCUGACGUGCAGGAGAUCAGCGGCGAAGCCUACAUCAUAUUCGGGAUCAUUCUCUUCUUCUGGGAGCUUCUCCCCACAAGCUUAGUGGUGGUUUUCUUCAGAGUGCAAAGACCCAAUCAAAACCUGGUAAAACAACUUAUUAAAAGCACCAAUAUUUAACUCUCUGAGCUGUGAACUGAAUUAAAACUUCAGCCCCUUUAUCUCCCAGGCUCCAGGAGGGAUGAUCAACAGCCACAGUUUCAGCUCAAGAGCUUAUUUUUUUGACAAUCCUCGGCGGUAUGACAGCGACGAUGACCUGUCCAGAGGGAUUAACAGCAGGAGCGAUCGAGCCAGGUGGGCUAACACAACCACACUUUUAUUAAAACACAAAUAUCCUCUUAGAUAAAGUGACCUGAUUGAUGUUUUCCUCUCCCUUUAGCCUCCUCUCCACCACCCCUCAGCUGGGUACAUCUAGUUGGUACGGCUCCAUUCAACGCAACGGCGCUCUAACAGCGGGAUUAGCGUCCGCGCAGCAGCCGCCAUCUUCCACAGCCCCCCUCCUCUUCGCCUACGGAAACAUCCAGACUCACCCCCACCACCAUCACAACUACUACUCCACCCCUCAGAACAACAACUACCACCAUCACCAUCACAGUAACUUCUACUCCACGCCACAGAAUUAUUACUGCGGGUCGCAGACUUAUUACUGCACCCCUCAAAACUAGAGACAGAGACUGAACGGUCUGAGUCCUCAUUUCGCUUCGCCAGACUCAUCAAAGGAAAUGAUUAUGGCGGCAUCUGCUCUUGAAUGACAUCCUUGUCCUUAAAUCCUGUGUGCGGACCAGAACGAAAGCAAAUGCAGGCUCUACGUAGGAGUUUUAGCAGUGUAGCUAACACAGCGAAGUGCAGUGACCAAACGUUUUCCUGUUUUUGUUGUGUUUGGAUUAGCCGUUCUCGCUUCUAAAGCUGGGAUGACGACCUUGUUAUCGUUCCUCUACGCUCUCUCUUCACCAUUCCUUGUAAAUUCAGUCGUGUUUCGCGUCAUCACUGCUUAGACUGGAGCGAAGUAGCUGGCCUAUCAUCAGAGCUCUGAGGAUUAUUUAUUAACGUGUACGCAGACGAUACAAUCCUUUGAAUCAGCGCGAAAAAGAGAAGAAAACUGAAGGCUGCUAGUUUCAUUCUCUAUAAUCAGAAUGGGGAUUAUUUCUCAAGACAUAAACCAAAUAGUAUCAACAAGGGAAGAGUUAUGCUUUUACUCAUUUUUAGGUCCAGCCGUGUAUAACAGUGAUCAGCUAUCUCAUUAUUGAACCACAGCUCUACUUCACUGGAGUUUUACAUGUGAAAUACAGCUUCCAUAACUAUCUGUAACUUAGAAACUGGUCAGUUUGUGUCGCAAUUAUCCUCCAUGAAAGACUGUACAAAAAAAAUCAAGUGAAAUCUCUAUGUAGCUGCCAUAUCAGUGUGUUAGUCAAACUCUAUAGCUUAGUCAUCAUGUUCAUGUGUUAAAAUGAAACAUCAAAAAAAUACAUCAGACUACUCAGGCUUUGAUGAAACUGCUCAGGAUGAAAUAUCCAACAGCAGCCAGUUUGUAGUUUCUGAACACACAAUUAAAAAGAUGAAAACCUGACAAAGAGAGAAAGCAUAUGUGAGAUUUAGAAGAGAAUUAAGUAAAAAGAUAACAUACAAUCAUCGCUGAAGUAGAAGAAACUGAAGGAUUGUCUUCUAAAAAAAAAGGGGGAACUGUGUUUAAAACGUAUUUUUGACCAAAAACUUUCUUGUAAUCCGAUCUUUUGCAACCUGUGAGGCAACGAUUUGCACUUUGGAAGAUGUUCACCUUCAGAGAAAAGGCUUUUUUUUUCCAGCCUGAAUGUAGGAGUUCAUCUCCUACCUGUUUUAUGUCUGUAUUCUAUAUUUUACUAUUUAUCCUUGGAGAGAGGAGACAUUAAUGUGCCAUCACAUGUCGUCAUAUCUGUUUCAUUCCUUAAGGAGAAUAUUUUUGCACAAGAAUUGUUGAAACGGUGUGUUUUUAAUUGUGAGCUAAUCAAUUCCUAAUCCAUGUGUGUACAGUGACAUUCCGAGUCAGUAUGUGUGUGAUCUUAGAUUUAUGUUUUGGAUGUUUUAAUAUGCUUUUAUACAUGUUUUUUUUUUACUUUGGUUUGUAUUGUUUAACAGAUUUUAUAUUUUAUUUUUUAUCUCUCGUGGUCAUCCAUAAGCUCAAACAUUUUCAGAGUCUCAUGACAGACUGCAGUAGCAUGAAAUAUGUCGUGUUGAUGGAUCAGUUUAGGGCACCAGAUCUGGUUUGAGGGCCAAAAUUUGACAAAGUUUUUCCAGAUUGAUGGAAAAAUGCCUCUGUGUGUUCUUGUACACUUCAACCCACUUAAUCUGUCAUGAUUUAGACUGUAAGAUAUCUUGUAAAAACGCUGACUUUAAACAAAAAAAAACUAUUGUAUGAAGAAAUCUCACUUUGAAAACAGUGGUGGGAUGUUUAAAUGUCAUGUUUGGGUCUAGAUAUUCAUCUAUUUCUGACUAAUAAACAUCUGCAGUGCAUGCUUCUGCAUCAGCGUGCAAUAAAUCAGUGUCAGAUUUCUUUCCAGGGUGAUCUUGUUUCUGUACAAAUGUUACUCGCUCUAUCUGUGAUCAAAAAGCAGAGUUAACCGUUUCAUGUUAUGGAUUGUUUUACCCGUGGCCAUACUGAAUGUAACCUUGUGCGACAGAUCACUAACGAUGUAUGCAAGAAAAGCACUACCAUGUUUAAAUAAAGGCCUACUGCACUGUUUUUAAAACCAAGGUGAGACAGAAUUUGUCCAAUGCCCGCUUUCAAUCUCCACCCGAAUAAGUGAAUCAAUGAUACACACCGAAUUUAAGUCCUGCAGCUGGUCAUGUGGCUGAAUCCGCCGGUUAAUUAGUUGAUGAGGAACAUCCGAAUUAAAUCGGGGGUAGCAGCUGGCUCGGUCACUGCAAUCAUGGCCUACUUUAGUUGCUCCUCUCCCAGGCAUGCACGGAUCUCUGGGAGCCAUCAGCAGAUUUACAGCAAAAGAAAACAACUCCCAUGUAUCAGUAAAGGGAAAUGUUUUCAUUCAGGGAUUAAUGUUAAAAUACAUGACUACAAAUCCAAGGUGGAGUAAUCAGGGAUAAUCUGGGUGGCACAUGUCCCCCUUGAAAUCUGGAAGAAACCCAAAAUCCCCAAACAAUGCCAGGGUACUCGCCUUGGAGGAGGCGGGACUUCUGAUCAAAUCAGCUGUUUGGAUUGAGUUGCAACAGGCUGGAGUUAAGCAGGAUGUUUUCUUUGUAUUUGAGGAUAUUAGUAGCAUGUUUCCUUUUGGUUGAUACCUUAAACCAGGGGUGUCAAACUCAUUUUCACCGAGGGCCACAUCAGCAUAAUGGCUGUCCUCAAAGGGCCAGAUGUAACUUAUAAAUAUAACCAAAUGUAAUGUAAAAUAAAUGUAAAUACUCCUUAA